AUGGCUCCUCCACCCCAUCAAAAGCCCGAAAAUGUGCUGAAACGCGCAAAUGAACUCAUCGGAGUCAACCAGGCCCCAGCGGCCUUGGUCCUCCUCCAUGAGCAUAUCAACUCGAAGCGAUCGCGAAAUGUCCCCAUCGCCCAAAACACAAACGUUGCCACGAUCGAGCUUGUGUUGAAGAAAUUCAUCCAACUCGCCGUCGACAAGGUCACGGCUGCCCAGCAAAAAGCCGACGAGGUUCAGUCCACCCUCGAAGCCACCGCCGCCGGUGACUCCAACAUCGAAGAUCUCGAGGCUAGCGAAACGCCCGAGUCUAUCCUUCUCGCUACCGUUUCCGGCGAGCAGUCUCGCGAUCGGACCGACCGCGCCAUUGUAACCCCUUGGCUCAAAUUCCUCUGGGAAGCCUACCGUACCGUUUUGGAUAUCCUGCGCAACAAUGCCCGCCUUGAGCUCCUUUACCAGAGCACGGCCAUGCAGGCUUUUGACUUCUGCUUGAAGUACACCCGCAAGACUGAGUUCCGGAGACUGUGUGAAUUGCUCAGGAACCACGUCCAGACCGCCGCCAAGUAUUCGUCGCAGAUGCACGCCAUCAACUUGAGCGACCCGGAAACGCUCCAACGCCACCUCGAAACCCGGUUCCAGCAGCUCAACGUCGCCGUCGAGCUCGAGCUCUGGCAGGAGGCCUUCCGCAGUAACAUCAUGAUGGCCAACUACUAUGAGAAGCUUACGCGUAUCUUCCUUGUUGGCGAGAACUACCUCUUCCAUGCUGCUGCUUGGUCCAGGUAUUAUAGCCUUCUUCGUCAGUCUGCCGUCCUGCUCGCCACUGGCCAGGGCCGCAAGGCCGAUAACCCUCCCGCUGCCGAGAACGAUGUUCAGCGCGCGGCCUCCUUCGUUCUCCUCUCAGCACUUGCCAUCCCGGUCAUCAGCACCACCAGGUCUCGUGGUGCCAUGGUUGAUUUUGACGAGGCUAGGAAGAACAAGAACUCGCGUCUUACUCACCUCCUCGGCAUGUCCCAAGCCCCUACUCGUGCCGGACUCUUCCGAGAUGCCUUGGCAAAAUCCCUUCUCAAGAGGGCUCGCCCCGAGAUCCGCGACCUCUACAACAUCCUUGAGAUUGGCGCGGAUCCCGAGAUGGAGAAGUACAUUCAGCCUCUCCAGCAGGUUAUUCUUACCCGCCUCUUCCAGCAGCUGUCCCAGGUAUAUGAGACGGUUGACUUGGCCUUUGUGGAGAACCUCGCUAGUUUCCCCGAACCCUACGAAGUCACCCGCGCCACCAUUGAGAAGUUCAUCAUGAACGGAAACAAGAAGGGUGACCUAUCGAUCCGUAUGGAUCAUGCCACUGGAGUCCUGAGCUUCGAUAACGAUGUCUUUUCGUCGUCCAAGGCGGGUGCUAGUGCCGGCUCAGCCGAGUCUGAGACUGGCUCGGUUCAACGCCUGCAGAGCACCCCGUCUGAGAUUGUUCGAUCGCAGCUUACUCGUCUGGCCAAAUCCUUGUACACUACUUGCUUUUACAUUGAUCCCAGCUUCAGCAAGGACCGCGCAGAGGCCAGGCAGGCUGCCCUCGCCCGUGCCCGAGCUGGCGCGGAAGAAGAGCAGAAUGCAAUUCUGCAGCGCAAGGAGAUCAUUGAACGUCGCAAGGAGGCCGCUUCCGAGGCCCAGGCCCAGAAGGAGCGCGAGCUCGCCCAGAAGAAGCGGGAACAGGAGCAGGCGCUUCAGGAGGCCGAGGAUCGCCGUUUGGCGGCCGAGCAAAAGGAGCGAGAAGAGCGCAGGCUCAAGGCUGAGCGGGAUCGCGUCAGGAAGGAGGAACUCAAGAAGCAGAUUGCCGACCUCAAGAUUGGACCUAACGCUCUUGACAUCGACAUGGAAAACUUGGAAAAUCUUGACAGCAAUGAGCUCCGCAGAAUGAAGCUGGCUCAGCUCGAAAGGGAGAAGAACGAUAUCAAUGAGAAGCUCCGAAUCACUGGAAAGCGCAUUGACCACUUAGAGCGAGCGUUCAGGAAGGAGGAGGUCAAGAAGUUGCAAGACGACUACGACAAGCAAAUUGAGGAAGACGAGACCACUUACGAGCUCGUCAAGACCCAAACGCUCAAGGAUGCAGAGGAAAAGCACAAGGCCAGCGUCGAGCUCAAGGGUCGACUGACGCGCCUGGUUCCUUUCUUCAACGAAUUCCGCAGCGACCUGCACGAGCGACGCCGCGACGAGUUUGAAUCUCGCCGUCGUGAUGCGGAGAGGGAACUAGACAGGCAAAUUGCCGCUCGCAAGAAGGAGUUCAAGGAGCGGAAGUUGCGAGAGAAGCGCGAGCGUGAGGAGAGGGAGAGGGAGAUCCGCGAAGCCGAGGAAACCGCGGCGCGCGAGCGCGAGGAAAAGCAGAGGCAGGAUGAGGCCAAGCGCGAGGAGCUCGCCCGUCAUCGAGAGCAGAUGGCUCGCCAGUCCGAGGAGGCUCGCGAGAAGGCUGCUCUGCAGCUGAGGCGCGAGGAGGAGGCCUCGCACGGCGCAGGGAGGAGAAGGAGAGGGCUGCCAAGGCGCCUAUUGAGCGAUCUGAGCGGCCCGACCCGUUCGGCGGUGCAUCCACUUCUGGCCGCCCUGCUCUCAACAUCCCCGGUGCUGGGAAGUGGAGGGAGCGUCAAGCCGCCAAGGCGAUCGGACUCUCGAGACCCGGCUGUAUCGGCCCCUCGCCUCAACCUUGCCGGUAACAGCAGCAAGCCUAGCUGGCGUGACAGGCAGGAGAAGGAUGGCUCGGGCGGUGGUGCCCGCGAUGACAGCAGCAACCGAGCCGGUCGCGGUGGUGCCCGGGUAGCUUCAGGUGCCGGUGCGUACCGUAUGGACAGGACGGAUUCUGGUAGGGGCGCCAACGGCCGCAACGAGUCGCCUGCGGCCCCGCCUGCUGAGCAGGCCAAGCCUGCUGGAGGAGCUGGUCGGUGGGUUCCCCGCACAAGAGAACCUAGCGGGACAUGA